AGUCAUCCCACUCCUCUCCUUCCAACGUCUUUCACUCCACUCAUGAUGCAUCGUCUUUUGCCUGCUCUUCUUGCUGUUGCUGCCGUGUCUGCACAAUCACUAUCCACGACCUGUCAGAAUGCUCUCACGUCGGUCGCAAGCAACAGUGACGCCAAUUCAUGCCUCGGGAUCGGAGCCCUUGUUACUUCAUUCCUCCAGCCGAAUGCCAGUCUUGUUCCACAAGUGCAAAAUAUGGUCAACACGUUGUGUUCCGCACAACCUUGCAGCAACAACACUCUUGCGGGAAUUGUUGCGAAUAUUACCACUGGAUGCAGUGCGGAACUCUCGGCGACUGGAAGCACCGACUCGACGAGCGCUACCAUUACGAACCUGGUUCAGCAAUACUACCCCACAGUCAGAGAUAUCAUUUGUCUCAAGGACAAUUCAGAUGGCUCAAAUUGUCUUGUCCAAACCUUGAACAACGUUCAAGCUACCUAUGGUACUCUCAGUAUCAAUAACUUAGGCCCCAUUGCCAAGAAUCUCGUGGCAACACGUUCUGUGCCUGCCAACAUCACUUGCACGAACUGCUUGAAGGAGGCAUAUAAUCUUGUCAAUGAGAAAUUCCCAUCUACGGGCUCCAGUCUCAAGAGCGAUGUAGAUGGGGUAUGUGGAUCUAGCUUCACAGACGGCUCAACGCCCAGCAAUAUCGUCAAAACGGCGGCAGCUACAAGCGGUGGAAAGAAUUCUGACAUGAGUCUGAAUGCUAUGCCUGGUUUCGGGACCAUCGGAGCGCUCAUUGGAACGUCCCUGUUGGCUAUGUUGGCGUGA